AUUUAAAUGUCAGUGAACUGUCAAAUAAACACGUUCUGGUUAUUUGUAUUUUGACAAUAGGUGAUAUUUUUGUCCGUUUAAUAUAAUAUAAGUAUAAACAAUGCCUAAAAAUAAAAUUGAUAAACAAAAUUCUGUUACUUUUAAAUUGGUACACAGAAGUCAACAAGAUCCUUUAAUUGCCGAUGAAGAUGCUCCACAAAGAGUUCUUAUACCAAUAAAAGGUAAACAAAAAAACUUGGAUAAUAUUUUUAAAAAGAACGAGCCAGUUAUUGAAGACGAAGAUAUUAAUAAUGAGGACAUCAAAUUCGGUGAAAUUGAAGACGAAUUGGAUUACAAAAUUAAAUUACCCUCAUCGGUAUUCCCUUCAAAAGUCGAAGAAGAAAUCGGUAUGUUGAGAAAAGCUGCUCCUGUAUCAGGGCCUCAGUUACAUUUAGAUCCGGAAGUUGUUGCUGCUAUGGAUGACGAUUUCGAUUAUUCAGAUCCAGAAAAUGAACUUGAAGAUAAUUUCAUAGAAUUAGCAAAUGCUGCAAACAAUUCUGAUGAUGAUGACAUGUCAGGUUGUGAUUCAGAAGAUUUGGACGAAGUUAAUUCUCUAUUGGAUUUCGAUGCUUUCGAAAAAGAAGAAACGAAAUCCAGAUUCACGGAAUAUUCCGUAACAAGUUCGGUUAUAAGAAGAAACGAACAACUCAGUUUACUGGAUGAAAGAUUUGAGAAAAUGUUUGUCGGAUAUGACGAUCAAGAGAUAGGAGCUUUGGAUUGCGAAGAGAUCGAAGGAGAAGUAUCUGCAGAUGAUAUAAUCGCUCGUUGUGCUGGGGAUUUACGACAAUUUCAAAUUAACGACGACGAAUCCGAGAAAACGGAGUUAGCUAAUAAAAUUAAGAAACAACUGGAAGAAGAUACUUUUCAGGAGGAAGAAGAAUUUGUGGAAAUUGAUGAGAAUCCUAAAGAAAAAUGGGAUUGCGAAAGUAUUUUAAGCACUUAUUCGAAUAUUUACAACCAUCCAAAGUUAAUAUCCGAAUCCCAGUCUGGAAAAAUUAAAAUAGACAAAAAGACAGGAAUACCCCAUGCUUUUAAUCGCUCUUCUCUUACAUCAAAAGCUCUAAAUAAAUUCAACGAAGGAAACGAAAAGUUACAGACUUCCUCGUUUGAUCAACGUUCUUUUAUUUCUAUUCGAUCUAAAAAUGAAACACCGGAAGAAAGAAAAGAAAGAAAGAAGAAAGUCAAAGAGUACAGACGAGAAAGAAGACUAGAGAAGAAAUUGAACACUGAAGCGUUUAAAGACGAAGCUAAACGACAAGUUAAAAUUGCUAUAAAUAACAAAAAUAACAUACAAGGAAAUAAAAUUUUGUAAUUUA